CAUAUUUGAGAUUCCAAACAUAAAUUUCAUACACUUCAAAUCCAAGGGUACAAAUAACACAUUGUUAUAACCUCAACAAGUACAUUACCAGCAUCUAAACACUUCUAUGUUUCACUUCAAAUAACUUAAAAUAGCAAAAACAAUCCAAGAUACAAGUACAACCAUAAUAGCAUAUUUUUCUCCUUCUGCACUUUUGGUAGCCAUCAUAUGUGCUUCACUUAUCAAAACCCUCAUCUUCUUGUUCUUGUUCUUCAGUUUUUGCACUUUUUCUUCCAACUUCUUCUUGUCUCCCAACAACUUCUCAAUGACUAUGUCUUUGUCCUCCAUUUUGUAGUCAUCAUAACUCAACUCAUUGUCAUUAUACCAUUUGAAGUACCUACAAUCUGCACUCUGAACGCACCAUACCACAAAUUAUACAAGCCACACCUCAUUAACGUAAUGUGCACAUCACAAAGCCUAAAUAUACCUUUCACAAACUAAACCAACCCAAUUUAUAGUUCAAUAAAAAAAUUUGACCUACCACUUUUACCUUAUCCAUCAUGCUAUGAAAAGCGUAAAUUCAGCCAAACAUGGUCUCCAUGUUGUGAUGACAUUUAGGCCCGACUACACCUGUACUUGAGUUCCAAGACGACGACCCACACACAGACUUCAUGUUUCCCUUAUCCGACCGUCGCGUUAACCUUCUAGGUUUCCUCCUUCGUCGUUCUUUCUUAGUGCGUUUAGAAUAGCAUACAAGCCUCACACUUAUGGAUAAAACUUAGACACGUGCGGUCACGUGACUAUUAUUAACCGACUAACACUUGGGUUCUAGGUUAACAGAGUGAAGGUGAAAGAUUAACCCCUUAAUUGAUAUUAUUUCAGAAUAACACGUACGACAGAUUAAUAAUAGAAGACGGGCAAUAGAUUGGAUUAUUAGUGUGAAUUUUUCCUUAAAACAAGGAGCACUUAAGUUCGUCUACUUACCGGGUGGGUCUUUACCCUAAAGCGGUUAGAACGCUCGCGGACGGCUCAACCCAAACCAAAUCAUAAUUAGCCAUGAGCGAGCUGCCGAGCGCUGCAUUACCUGCGAUCUUUACCGGACCUUGACGGUUAUGGUUCAGCCCUGCCCACUUUUCAUGGCGAUGGACUCCGACCCGACCCAAACCCUUAAAUCAUCAGCAUCCAAGCUCCCCAUCAAGCGCAGAACGCCUCCCCACUCUUUCACCUCCUCCACUCCCGAUUCCCCGACCGCCGUGCAUGACGGGUCUCACGGCGACGACCCGAACCCCCCACCCUUCAAGUUUCAUCGGAUAUGGACCGAGUCCGACGAGAUCCGGUUCCUACAGGGUCUUCUCGACUGCACCGCCGAGAAUCUUUCCUUUCCUCGGGACAUCAACGUCUUCUACGCUCGAUUCUCCUCGACUAUGUCGCAGCCAUACACUAAAACUCAGCUCUCCGAGAAGCUUCGCCGUCUCCGUAAGAAAUUCAGGGUAAUCUCGGCUCGCCUGACCAAGGGGCGCGAUGUAUCCCAACUGUCGCCCCAUGAUCGGAAUCUUUAUGACAUCUCGAAGCAGCUAUGGCACCCGGAUUUUGCGUCCUCGUCUCCGUUUAGCUACAAUAGCGUUGAUAAGACUAAGAAGUCAAGCUUGGAAUCUGAUCACACGGUAAUCGAGGAUGCCAUCAAAGUGGUUAAUGAUGGAAUUGAGUUGGCUGAUUUUGGGCUUGAUGGAGAUCUGAAGCUGAAACAGGUAAAUGUGGAGUUGGACUGUGAUGUAGGAAAGGCUGUAGCAAACAUGGUGGUGGAUGUGUUUGAUAAAUGUCUGAAAGAGCUUAGGAAAGGAAUUGAUAGAGAAAAUUUCAGUCUUGAUUGCUGUUUUAAACAGGGGAGUGUGGAAAGCUUUGAGGAGCGAUGGACGAAACAAAGAGUUGCAGAAUUGGAUGUUUUGUCAAAACGAAUGAGGUUGGUGAUAGAGCAUUCUCGUCAUAUGCAAUGAGUAAUUAUAAAACCCUUGUGGAUACACUUUGUGUAGUUUUAUUUUAUUAAAAAACAAAAACCGCCUGUUUUUGUUUUGUAAAUUUCUCAUAGAAGGAAAUGCAUAUUGCUUGAUUAAUAGGUUAACUUGUCAUUUUGUUGAAGGUUUACUAUGCAUUUAUACAAUUUGUAUUAAUGAAGAACUCUAGAAAAAAGUUUAGUU